ACUGAAACUGACAUCCUCUCUGCAUAAAAGAUUGGUCCCUCCCUUGUUAUUAUGCUAUUUAUAGUAAGAGCUUGCUGUGCGACUUAGGUUUUUUCGUUGUUUGGCCCCGCCUUGCGACCCUUAAUUUUUAAUGACCCUCGCAAUCCCUCCAGUAACCCACUUCCCCCCACCCCUCUCCCCCCAGUAAAAAAUGAAUAGUCCCUCUUAUCAAUCAUCAUGUCAGCACUCAUUCUUGGAGAUGUGAAAAYCAAAAUUUCGUACACGCUUUACAAAAUUCAUCCAUAAAAGUAUACAUUUUCUGAAAACAUAAUAGAUGCAAGUAGUCUAUUGGAAAUACCUUUAUAAUUUUCAAGUUUUUUAUGCAACAAGUAAAAUAACUGGGCUGAAAGCGAUAUUCUAAUGCACCGCACCAUUGGCCGUCAUACCGAUAAAGGCAGCUUUGGACUCAUUUUUGUGAUUAUCAGAGUAAAAGUGUCCUAGSUUUAUAGAGAUACGAAAGCGGAAAGCGGAAAAGUCAAGCACGUGGCUGACGGAUGAUCAUACGACUUCCGCUUUAAUAGGAAACAAUAAACUUUCUCAGAAUUAUAAUAGGAGGGUGAGUCUAAACAAAACCAUCAUGGCUGCGUCUUCUUCCAAAGAUUUAUUGGARCAGUUUGAAAAGGAACUAACUUGUUCCAUUUGUGAUGAGAUAUUUCGAGAUCCCAGAACUCUUCCUUGUCUUCAUACCUAUUGUACUGCCUGUAUUCGAUCGUGGUGUGUGGAAGAAAGUAAAGAAAAAGGUCUUCCAACUUGUCCCCAYUGCAGAGCAGACAUUCAUCUCCCUCAAGACAAGGUAGAAAAUCUACGUCCGUCUUUUUACCUGAGCGCUCUUCUAAAAAUCUUUCAAGCCAUGAAAAGCRAGUCGGACGAAGAACACCUAAGACUCAAAUGCGUAAGUUGUGAGGAAGCAACAGUCGUUGUUGCCUUUUGUUUCCAGUGUAAUGGCGUGAUAUGCGAGACUUGCGUCAAGGCACACAAUUUGUUGAAAGAAAUACGCGAUCGACACGAGGUUAAAAUGCUGGAUCAAUUCAAGAGAGAAAAUGUUGAAAAAUAUCUUAAAAACCAAGGAGUAUGCAAAGAGAAAUAUCACGAGACAGAAAAGUUGAAGUUUUUUUGUGAAGAUUGUGAAGUAUCCAUUUGUCAAAAAUGUGCUAUUUUGAGCCAUACUGAUCACGUCAAGUCAAGCAUCGAGGAAGCGGCAGGAAGGGCUGAUAAGCUUUUAGAAAGCAAACUCGAGCUACUAACACAGCUGAUGGCUAAAUACAAGGAAGAUAUAGAAUCCUCCAAGAAAAACAUCAAGCGAGUUUUGAGAGAGAUUGGAAAUGCGAAGAAUGACAUUCACCAAUGGGCGAACGUGUUGAUUAAUGAUAUUAGAGGUCACGAAGCGGCGAUGAUAAAAGCUUUAGGCGACAAACAAAUGGAGCAAAAGACAGGCAAUCRGAACGAACUGGACGAGAUAGAAGCUGAGUUAAAGUGUUUUAUUGAGUUUCAAGAUUAUGCUCAAAAGAUUCGCGGUAGACAAGUUGCAUACGAGAUUUUGGAAAGUCAAGAAGCACUGAUUCAGAGGUGCCAGACGUUCCUAGAAAAGCCUUUCGUUUUAUCCCAACAGCCUAUUAAACGAAACGUGACAGUGGAGUACGUGACAAACCCUGAAGUCGUGCAAUCCUUACAAGAAAUCGGAAAGAUCGUGGAAUGUGUGAUAGACCCAUCAAACUAUUCUAUCAAUACAGAAUCGCUGGAGGAAAUUCGAUGUGGCUUUGUGAACAAAUUUGAAAUCGUUCAUUCAAAUUGUGAUGUGUGUCACACAACACRCAGUAAAAUGAUCAGCAUCACAAUCAAAGACUGUGAGGGUAACAAAGUUAAAUAUGAAGCCAAAGAUGAGGGCCAGAAAUUAGUGGUGAGGUACAAAGCUGGAAAACCUGGUCCGUAUCAAAUUAGUGCCACCAUUGGUGGUCAGCCAAUCAAGAAUUCCCCUCAGGCAAUCGACACCUUUGCUGCUGAUAGAGAGUUCCAUUCGAUCAAAGUCUUCGGAAAGGAAGGAUCUGGAAAAAGAAAAGAUGGGCUUAGUAUCCCUUGGUCACUGGCACUAAACAACACAGGAGACAUUGCAGUUGUUGACUGUGAUAACCACUGUGUUGUACUCUUUGAUGCUGAAGGCAACUUUUUGCUGCAAUUUGGAAAGAAAGGAAAGAGUGAAGGCUUGCUGUCUAAUCCAUGUGGGAUUACUUUUUGCCAAGGAAAGAUCUUUGUCAGCGACCAACCUGAUGAUAUGGGAAGAAUACAAGAGUUUGAUGUGAACGGCAAGUACCAAAGAUUGCUGUAUGAAUCAAAGGGGCUUUUACCACGUGGCAUGUGCCUUACUGAUGAUGAUCACAUUGCCGUCUGUUGUGAUGGAACUGAUCCACGAACACCACAGAUACAAAUACUCAGCCAAGAUGGACAAUUAAUUCACAAGUUUACAAGUAGCAGUAAACAUGAAAUCCCUGUAUUUAUAGCUUAUGGCAAUGGAAAAUAUUUCAUUACAUUCUACUUGAGAAGUAAGGUCUCUGUUUUCAGCAAAAAUGGAGAAUUCUUGUAUAAAUUUGGCGAUGAGAACGAAUCAAUUUAUGUAUGCGGCCUAUCAGUUUUUGGCUCAGAUAUGAUCGUUGUCUGCAAUUGUGUCAAUAAUUGUAUUGAGUUGUUUACUCAAGAGGGGAGUUAUGUUAGGUCGUUUGGUACUAAAGGUAGUGGUAUCGGUGAGAUGAUCAAUCCUAAUGAUGUUGCCGUGAAUGCGAAGGGGCAUGUAUAUGUCUUAGAAUGUCAUGGUCGUAGGAUACAUGUAUGGCAGUAGACACUUAUUCAGCCAGGUUUAGAUCUAUUUUCAUUUCAAAUUCACCUUCAUAGUUUAUUGAUUCCUAUGAAAAACAACCUCCGAGCUAAUCGUAGUCAGGAACAUGGCUAAUUAACUCACAAAUGGAAUUUGAAUUUGAAUUUUUUUAGCAUGCAUGGUAUUGUGGAGGAAGGAAAACCAGAGAAAAGAAAAAGCCAUCACCCUUGGCUAAAUCAAGCUAGAUAUCUAACAAACUCUUCUCACAUGUAAUGCCAAGCCCAGGAAUUGAACCCGCAUCCCCAGAGAUGAGAGCCGAGUGCACUGCUACGCCAUCCUUGGAUACCUUUUUAGCUAAGCGUUGUUCCCGCCUAAGCCCUAAUUCACUCUAAAAAAUGGUUGCAUAAAAGACAGAACUGAAAACAGAGGUCUGAGGCUAUUCACUCAAAUUUAUUAAAUAAAUAUCAAUGAAUUGUUGUUUAUAAAGUUGAACACACUGCUAUAUAUGAUGCAAAAAUAGUUAUUCUUUGUCAAUAACUAGUAAGUAUUAAAUAUCACAAUUCAAUGUGUAACACUUUAGAAUCACUUUUUAAGUUAUGGAUACUAAGGAUUCAUUCUGUUAAUAUGUGUAAAUAUGGUAUGUAUUACCAAGAUGCGUCAGGUAAAUGAGCAAUGGAGGAUAUGACAAUAAGUUUCCAAUUCUCAUAAUGAGAUUGAAAUACUUUUGUUUUGUCCUCCAAAUUGAGCUGCUUUGACCUCACAUACAAUGGGUCUAUAGACUUCUGUCAAGCAAACACAUUUUUCCAGAUUCAUAUACCUUUCCAUGGUUCCCAUGUCUGUACUCCCAAUUUGAUUGACAGUAGUCUACUGCACAUUUACCUAUCCCAAGUUUUGACUCAAUUAGUGCACAACUAUUCAAACAGUGGUAAAUGAUCAUAAUUUGAUUCACACCAUAAAUCUAAUUUUCUGCAAAUUGAUUUGAAUAAUUUAUCAAUUUUCCUGAAGAACUAAUAUGUAAGAUUUGAGCAAAGGAAAGUGUCAUUGGUAUUAAAUUCAAUUUUCUGAAUACCUUGAAUACCUUCUUUUUAUAAUAGUUCCCAAUGAAGCUCAAGUUGGAAAAUGAAAAAUAAUAUUAAGAACAUUUUUUUUCAACCUCCAAAACACUAGAGUUUAUAUUUUUGUCCUUUAAAUAAUGUUCCAAUGGGAACAAAAAGAUGCUUGAAUGCAAAUAUUUUUAGUCACGAGGAGCAAAUUUUGUGAACAUUUGAAUUACUAACGUGCAUGUGAAUUACUGUGUCAAUAAAAAGUUCAAUGUACAAAAAA